AUGGCUGAAGCAGUAUUUAAGGAUACAGUUAAACAAAAAGGGUUAGAGUCUCGUUUCAAUAUUGAUAGUGCGGGUACUGGAAAUUAUCAUCAACAUGGGGUUCCCGUAGAUCAUUAUGCAAGGCAGGUUGUAAAGCAAGAUUUUAAGGAAUUUGAUUAUAUACUUUGCAUGGAUAAUUCAAAUUUAACUAGCUUACAAAGAACGAAACCAAAAGAUUCGAAAGCUACCAUUAAAUUAUUUGGUGAAUAUGACCCACAAGGGGAACGUUUAAUUCAAGAUCCGUAUUAUGGAGGAAUUGGUGGGUUUGAAAAGAAUUUUCAACAAGUAACCAGAUGUUCAGAGGCUUUUAUAGAAAGUUUGAACUUGGAAUGA